AUGGAGCGCCUGGCGGAGAGGCAGCCCUUCCCGCUGUUCGUGCGCACCAACGCCUGCCGCAGCCUCUUCGGGCCCGUGGACCACGAGGCGAUGCGCGCCGAGCUGCAGGCCCGCCUGGAGGAGAUGCUGGCCGAGGAGAAGCGCCGCUGGGACUACGACUUCCAGCUGGACAUGCCGCUGCGCGGGCCCGGGCGCCUGCAGUGGGUCGAGGUCGACAGCGAGACGGUGCCCGCCUUCUACCGCGAGACGGUGCAGGUGGGGCGCUGCCGCCUGCAGAGGAAGCCCCAGGACGAGGACGACUUCUUCGCCAAGCGCAAGAGACCCGAGAGCAAGUCGCCCGCGGAGGUGCCCGGCGGGUGCGCGGCGCAGGGCGCGCCUGCGGCUGUGGGUGCGACGGAGCAGGCUCAGCGCAAGCGCGUGCGGUAA